CACAAGCUAGGAAACCAGAACCCAAGAUGGCUGACCUGGAAGCUGGGAAGCCCUACGCUGUCGCGGUGGAGGAACCCAAGGCUGACCCAGCUAACGCCAAGACAUCAUCUAGUGAGUUCACGACGGGAAAAUGGGAGGUCGGUCUCUGUGACUGCUUCACGCACUGCGUACCCAACUGUCUCAUGACCUCGUGCUGCCCCUGCGUCACGUUGGCGCAAAUUUCGUCACGUCUCGGCAUGAUGCCGUUCAAGUUUGCCAUUCUAGUAUCUAUCCUGCUGGUCAUCUUUCCCAGCGUCGGAUCCAUUCUCUUUGCUGUGUGGAUCUGGAUGGCUCGCAAGGAGGUGCGAGAGCGCUUCCAGAUUCCAGGCGGGUGUUGUGGAGACUGUUUGGCCUCAUGCUGCUGCACGUGCUGUGCCAUGGCUCAGAUGGCCACGCACAUCAAGAGUUACAAGCCUGGAAGCUGCGCUUUUGGACCCCAAGACACUCUGGCCCCGUACCAGCGCGCUUAGAAAAACACCACCCCCUCCAAGAUAGACAAACAUUAUCUUGAGCGCUAACUAAACCUUGAAUAAAAUGCAAAUGCUUAUCCUCUUCCCAGAA